CAGCAGUCAAAGUUCGAAGAAAUGCUGUUAAAUCGGAGUUCACGCGUUCUAUUGUCGCGCAAACUACUCUUGAUCCGACCGCUGUUUACAUCGAGAUGUCUUUCGAGCAGUUCCCAUGAGCCUUUACGCAUCUUGUUCUGCGGAUCGGACGAGUUUAGCAUUGCUUCUCUGAAAGCUCUCCAUGAAGAACAUAAGAAGGAACCUAGCCGCAUUGCGUCGAUCGAUGUCGUCUGCAGGCCAGGAAAACGAGUAGGCAGGGGCCUCAAGAAGAUACGAGAAGUCCCUAUCAAAGCCGCAGCGACACAGCUUGCCCUUCCGAUACACGAGAUAGAUACUUUUACCGGAUGGACACCGCCCCAAAACGAAGGCUUUCCUAUAAAUCUGGUAGUGGCAGUAUCAUUUGGACUCUUUGUUCCUCCUCGAAUACUCAAAGGGGCUAAGUACGGGGGUCUAAAUGUCCAUCCAUCCUUGUUGCCAGAUUUUCGCGGCCCUGCGCCGUUGCACCAUACUCUCCUAGCAGGCAGGACGAGGACUGGCGUUACUCUCCAGACCUUGCACCAUGAGCAUUUCGAUCACGGCAUAAUCCUCAGUCAGACCCCCCCUCCCGGAUUCGAGAUACCAAAUCCAGAAACUUGUACCGUUCCGGAAUUGCUGCAAGUUGUGGCCCCGGAGGGUGCACGAAUUCUAAUUGAGGGCAUGCGAAAUCGGCUCUUUGUACCUCCCCUAAAAGAAGCAGGAUGGCGUGCGACGGAGGCGGGAAGCAAAUUGAUCCAUGCGGCUAAGAUCAAACCGGAGGACCGACAUGUCGACUGGGCGAAUUGGACAUGGACAGAUAUCAGCAGACGGAAUCGGAUCUUGGGACCUCUUUGGAGUAAAUCCCUAGUUGCAAGCGAGGAUCCAGAUGGAAGAAUCUCGUUCGGUGAGAAGAGAAUCAUUUUCACCAAAUUUGAAGAAGUACAGGCGAACCGAGACCUCGGGCAGCUAGCUCUUAUUCCAGGAGUCCCUUUCGUCGAUGGGGUUCCGCCCUUGCAGCCCCAAGAGAAGAAGGAGCUCUAUGUGUUCACAAAAGAUGGAAGACUGAUACGGAUCCAUGAGAUGAAGGUCGAAGGAGAACAGGCCGCUGACGCGUUCAGAGCUGCUCUCAAGGCUCGAAUGUUCAGCAAUAAAAGUUUCCAGUUGGGUGCUUCACAUUACACGCUCUUCCACAAUCCACUUCACUGAAGUACUGUCGAAUGCUCAUGAAACGGAUUUGUUCAUGUUAUCUCAACUCUAUGAUACCCCUAUUUUGCUAUAGAAAUGAUCUGUCUUUGUAUGAUAUAGUGAUAUAAUGGCGCAUGCCUCCCGCAUUGCCUGUAUAUGGCCCAUUGCAAUUGCCUUACCUCACAUAGCCGCUGUCUGUAACAGGGUCAGCCUAAUCACAUUCAUCGAGAUUGCAAU